ACCCAGCAAGCCCUAUAAAACCCCAGCGCUCGAGCCGCUCCAUGAACGCAGCAGCAACAAGCUAAGAUCGAGCUCCAGCAGCAGCAAGUCAAGUUCGGGAGAGAGAGAGACACAGAUCGAUCGAUGGCGAUGAUGAAGAAGAAGGGCGGCGCCGCAACAACAGCGGUGGCAGCAGUGGCGUUGGUCCUGCUGGCGGCGGCGGCGGUUAGGGCGGACGUGAACUGCGCGGACGUGGACGCAAGCCUGCGCCCCUGCGUCGGCUACGUGACGGGCAAGGAGGCGGCCCCGGCCGCCGAGUGCUGCGCCGGCGUGAAGCGGAUCAGGGCCAUGCCGUCCGGCCCGGCGGAGCGGCGGCAGGCGUGCGAGUGCGUCAAGCAGGCGGCGGCCAAUUACCAGCCGCUCAACGCCGACGCCAUCCGCGACCUCCCCGCGCAGUGCGGCGCGCCGCUGCCGUUCCCGCUCACCCUCAACUUCGACUGCACCACGUGCGUAUAUAUAUAUAUACUAGGUACUCAGGGACCCUCAGCUCCUCAACAGUGAGCUCGCUGACAUUGACCCUCAGCUCCUCAAAAUGUGAGCUCACUGACAUUUUGCCACAACAUCUUACCGACGUGGAGGUCUAGAUUUGUCGCCCCUGUCACGCUCCCUGACAGUGCCACUCAUCGGACCAGCGAUCGAGCAAUGCCCUUCCGCCUUGCUGUUUUCCUGUCCGGUUGCCGACGAGCCUCCAAACCCUAUUGUAUAAGUACUUAUGGAAUUACAGGAACAUUUUUUAUGGUGCAACCCCAUCACUUCCAUCAGCACAACACUUCUACAAAGAUGAGUUGAGCCUCUAGUCCCUAAAAACUCUAGGAGCUAUUUUUUUGGUCGCAGAGAGGGUCCAGUGCGAGUGUUUUCAGUAAGGUCGGUUCAUUGUUUACAUGUAUAUUAGAUGAUUAACUUUGGUGUUUUGCUUCAACUUUAUCUUAUCUCCUAGGUAAGGUGGAGAAGUUGCUUUGUAUGGGAUUGUUUCUCAUUUUAUCUCUCUA